ACAUGUCAACCUCCAUCAAGGAGACAACAUUGCCGACUUCUCAUGUCAAUUUAGUAUGUGGGUUGCAAUAUAAAGUAAAUACAUAUAUGCGCUUUACAUAGCAAUUUACAGAAGUUUCCAACAAGUUGUUGAGUUAGGACAGAAACAUGGCUGGCUUCCGGCAAAUUUGGUCAAAAUACAGGUUCUGGUUUGUGAUGGUUCCUGGUCUUGGCUUGUUGCACUGGGGUUGGAACGAACUACAGGACGUAGAAAUGUUUGUACCUAAAGAGCGCAAGCGCCCUCUACCGGUCAUUGAUAUAUAUAAUGAAGUAAAGAAACACAAGGAACAUGAGAGUAACCCUGACGUGACCUCUGCAGAACAGUAGACUCUAAGAAUAAAGAACUGCAAUGGAAUUAGAUGAAUCAAAGCCGGACAUAAAAUGGCAAGCGUUGAGUAGCACUGACAUACGUGAAGAAUUACUAUCUCUGAAUACCCUUGUGAAGUCAUGUUACGGCCCUCACGGAAAGCUGAAAGUGAUUCAGGUCAAGGCGGGCUGUCACAUGACCGUCACAACGUCGUCACGGCGACUAAUCGCCAACCUGCCUCGACCUCAUCCAAUAGUUCAGCUGCUGUUUGCAGCCGUUCAGGCACACCUGCAGUUGUACAGCGACUUUGGGCUGUUUGCAUGCCUACUCACCUCACAGCUAGUGCUGGACAUGACAAACACUGGUCUGAAUCAGAUGUUAUGCAGCGCGUUCGUGCGCAAAGCUUGCCAGCUCUGUUUGGAUCACCUGGAGAAAGCAGCGGCGUGCAGCUGCCGACUGGCACUGGACUUUAGUCACCUGCGAGAGGUGUUAGCUGUAGUGGAGACAUUAAUCGAGAGCAAGCCGGCUUGCAUCUUAGACGGAAAGGAGAGAAAGGAGCUCGCACUGUUGAUGGUGCGAGUGUUUUUGCGCAGCCUACCUGAGGGGGGAUCGACGGCAGCCACUGACGGCUGCGUCAUCUUCUGCUGCGUAGAUGGCAAGUCUGCCAGCGACACGCACUCGCUGGAUGGCCUGCUAGUCGAAGCUCCGGAGAUAUGCCACGACGUGCCAUCCACCUGGCAGUGGAAGUUGACGCCGGAAGGUCGAAUCAAGGUUGCAGUGUUCAGCACUUCGCUUGCGGGAGAUAGCGAUCAGUUUUAUAGCGUAGAGUACAAGCUUGGCCGCAAUCUCUCCAAGGAGCAAGUUGUUGUUGCUCACAUCAAGGAACUGAUGGAUCGUCUGAUUGACGAUGGAAUCGGACUGGUUUCAUGUCAAAAGGUCAUCCACAUCUCGGUAAAGGAAUAUCUAGAAGAAAGAGGCGUUUACGCAUUAGAAAGGUUGUCUAUACGCUACAUACAUGGUAUGGAGACACUAACAGGUGGCUCACUGAUCAGCUCUCUUCAUCCUGGUAAUCCCAACUGUUGCUAUGGUUACCUCAAUAAUAUUGAACACGUGGUUCAGAGGGACCGAAGCUAUCUGCACCUGACAGCUAAUGGAACGCGUGUGCAGACUUUAGUGAUAUGCAACUUGCAGGAGGAAGCAUUAGAAGAAUUAAAGGUUGUUUUGGAUACGGUGCACCACACACUGUACCAGUUGCUGCCUGACAGUAGUGCAGUUUUGGUGGGUGGUGGUUGUCUUGAAACACACCUUGCCACUCUCAUAAGGAAUCAGAUGAAUGGAAAAACUGGCGAAUACUCGAAAGAGCUUCGAUGCAGCCACGCCCAGAUUCUGACACUGUGUGCAGCGUUCACAAAAAGCCUGGAAGCAGUUGCUAGGGUAACAGUAGAAAGCCAUGAACACCAGACGGACUCAGUACACGGGCACCACUGGACGGCAGGACAGGCAGACAACACUACCACUGCCACUGAUGCUGACCAUCGUUGUGCAUGUAAACUGAUGAGUCACUCUGACGUGACAGACGUAGGAGGUGAUUUCACCGACUUGGGAUACUCUGGCGACAUCUACUCUAAAACAAGUGCGCAUGGUUUCGGUAAUGAGGAAACGAGAAAGGAGGUGGAGAAAGAUAUGCACGUUGAUUUGCAAACAGCAAAGAGCAGUGCCUUUAGGUUAGCCGCGGAUACCGCCAGCAUGAUUCUAUCCAUUGGAAAUAUUAUCACAUAAUAAACUAAACACGACAAUCUUGUUUUGUCAAUUGCAAUUUA